AUGCUGGCUGAACGCAAUGACGAUGACUUCGACAUGCUUGAAAGGCGAUUUGAGCAAAAGUACGAGGUCACUGAGCCCAAGGUUCUCGGAGAAGGAACCUACGGCAAGGUUUACAAGGCAGUCAGCCGCAUCAGCAACCAGGUAGUUGCGAUCAAGAGGAUCAAGCUCAACCCCGAUGAUGAUGAGGGUGUACCGAGUACUGCGCUGCGCGAGGUGGCCGUACUGAAGGAGCUGGACAGUGAGUAUGUGGUGAAGCUGUUUGAGGUGUUCUGCUCUCCGAGCAAGCUCGUGCUCGUUUUCGAGCUCAUGGAGAACGAUCUUAGAAAGUACAUGAAGCAAGUGGGAGGAAAGAUUCCCUCGCAUCAUGUGAAGAGCCUCUGCUGGCAGAUGGUGAAAGGUCUAGAGAUUUGCCACGCCAACCGCAUCAUACAUCGCGACAUCAAGCCGCAGAACCUCUUGAUCGAUGCGAACCACAGAUUGAAGCUAGCGGACUUUGGCCUCGCUCGGGCCUUCAUGGUUCCUAUACCAAAAUACACCCACGAGGUGGUCACGGUCUGGUACCGCGCGCCGGAGAUCCUCCUGGGCUCGGGCGCCUACAGCAUCGCGGUUGACAUGUGGGCAGUGGGUUGCGUUUUCGCCGAAAUGGCGACCGGUGGCCCCUUGUUUCAGGGAGAUUCUGAGAUUGAUACGAUCUUCAAGAUCUUCCAGAAGCUGGGCACACCGAAUGAGAUGACUUGGCCUGGAGUUCAGGAUCUUCCAAAUUUCAAACCAAGCUUUCCCCAAUGGAGACACAAGGGCUGGGCCAACAUCCGCCAAGGCAAGACACAGGAGAAGGUUGGUGAGUGUGGUAUUGAUCUUCUGGAGAAAUUCCUGGCCUAUGCCCCCAAGCAGCGAUUGAGUGCGCGGAAAGGGCUGCAGCACCCGUACCUGGCAGAUGCCGGGCCUUAA